AUGGCGCCAGGAAGGGGGAGCGAGGGUUGGGUGGUAUUCUUUGACUGGAGUGGUGGUUGUGGUUCAUUGUUAUUUCAUUUCUUUGGUGGCUACUUCAAGUUUUGCGGCGUUGUAAGCGGGGGGUGUUUGAAAGUUUGUCUUUUGUUCGUUUCAGUGGAUCACGCUGCGCAGAUUGGUUCUCGCGAACCACCUUCUCGGGGGGCAGAGGUGGAAGUCCAUGAAAAAUCGAACACAAAAUUCGAGGAUCUAAUUAUGUCAAGACUAACUGCUUUCAAGAACAAAACCAAAAAGACAUUGCCAUCCCUAACCUGUGUUGUGUUUUUGAAGGUGGUUGGUAUUGAUAUUUCGACCGUAGAAGCAGUAGAGGAAAAUAUUCGUAUGAGCAAAGCGAUAAACAUGGAUGACCAAAAUUUGCUCAAGAAAAGCGUUUCGGAGAAAGGCAUGAAGGAAUUGGCAUCUUCCGAACAUCAUUUUGGCCCUGUAACGAAAGCGGCUACCUCUUAA